CAGAAAGCAUCAGACAGAGAUCGUCCAAUAUCUGCCCCUAAGGAGCGAGGAGAUUAUGAAAAAUAUCACGAUUUCCUGAACAGCUUGAACAUGGGGACAAAGCUGCUGCAAAUGCUUUUCCUCAGCCAGGCCUUGAUAAAGUGAGAGCAGCAUGGGAGGAAAGGAAGAAUGCACAAGACGCUGCAAGAUUUGCUCAUGUUAACAGAAUGGCAGCAGAGAAAGCAGCGGAACGCGCGGAAAUCGUCAACGAGUAUCUUCAACGUAAAGAAGAAGCAAGGAUGAACAAACACAAAGGAAAUAUACUAAUGCAUGGUGAUUACAAGAAACCCAAAGUUGGUGUUGCUGCCGCACUUCGUCCUUACUCUGCGGCGCCAGCUAGAGGAAAUGCAGGGGAACAGGAAUACCUUGCUAAGCUGCAAAAAAUUCGAGCUCAGAAUUACAAUGAUCGAAAAUCUCUUUUUAAUAAAGUGCCUGGAAAAAAAGAACAAUAUAAGGUGGAAGCAUCCGAUCCAUCCAGUGAUGAAAAUAGGAAAGCAAAGAUCGCUGCUCUUCAGCAACAAGCUGCGGAUCGUGCUCAGCUUCUCCAGAAGAACAUGGAACGGAGACGAGAGAUCCUUGAUGCAAAAGAUGAGGAGAGGAAGAAGCAUGGGAACAUGGCUAAGGCCCGUGGAGUUGUUCAUCCAGACGAACGCCCUGUUAAAUACAAUCCUGCACCCAUUGGUAUCACUCAAGCAUUGCUAGCAGUUGGCGCUCCAAUACCAAGUGAAGAUCCUGUAAUUCCAGCUGCUGUGGUGAGUAGUCCAAAAGUAGAAGCAGAAAUUAAGAAGAAAGUGCUACAACGUGUGAAUCAGCGCUUCAGCACUGAUUUUGAAGCCGAAAUUGAAACUCCUGUGUCAUUGGAAAAACGACAUGACGACUCAUCGGAAAAAGAAGAGCCGAAAUCUUCUAAACUGGAAACAAAAAAGACCGAGGUGGAAAAAAAAGCAAUUCCACAACCUAGACCUUUACCUGCUUUACCGGAACUACACCAAACCAAGGUUCUAAGACCAACACCAAGAGGUUGGGGGGCUGGAGGUGACAUUGGAUUGGAAAUUGCUGGCCUUCCCCUGCAAGAAACUACAUCUGUUAUGGAAGCAACAAAUGCGAUUGAUGAUGUCACAAUGGUGAACCAACCAGUAAAAAAAGGUUGGGAAGUGCCGAGCGGAACUUUUGUUCAUCGUUUGAACCAAUUAACCAUCCACCAGCCAACAAUGACAUUACCACCAGAUGAAAAUGAUGAGUUGUCCGCCACAACAACUACUAAACCAUCUGUUGAAGGCAAAGAAAUAAAAGAUUCUGAAGAAGAAUUGAAAUUGGAUCCAGAAAGUCCGGUUAAUAACAAGACAACAGUAAUCCAUAAAUCCACACCCACACACAGUAAUGUUGCCAACCAACCUGGUAUACAGAUGGCAGCUAAUUUUAAACUGGUGCCCAACCUUGGUACAUAUGUUAUACCUAAAACACCAGAAGUAGAUGGUAGUAAAUCUCAAGAAACCAUCCAAAGUGUACCAGCAGAAACUGUUGGAGCACCGGCCAAGCCACCAUUAAACAACAUGCUCUCUAAGCCACCAAGUGGCCUUGAUGAUGUAAUAGAAGACGACAUGGAAGAGGUUGAAUUGGUUAACGAAACAAAAUCCACUUCCGAACAAAAGAACCAGCAAGCUGUAGCAUGGUCCAAGGAAAUGAAACCAGACCAAACACCAGCACCGAAUACACCAUCUGAAAGAAAUGUCAUGCAGGAACCAAAAUCGACCAAGCCAGAGUUAAAACCAAAACCAUUAGUUUUACCGAAACCACUCAUUCCAAAGAAACAAAGUCCUUCUAAAAUUGUAAAAACACCCGAACCAGUUGAUAAACCUUCACAAAUUUCACCGCAUUCUUCUCCGGAGUCAAUCAACAAGGAAAAAACGAAAACCCCAGCAAAACCAUCAGUACCGAUCAUAAGUGAAAGUCCUUUGUUCACCAAGAGGAAUCUUCCUGUUCAAAUGACAACUUCUCCAGCUCUAAAGUUAAACAGCGACUCCGACACUCCUCAAGCCAACCCACUGAGCAAAACUUUAUAUUCUACUGCAAGCGACCAAAUGUUGAAGAAAAUUACUUUGGGUCAAUUUGAUUCUCCCAACCCGAAGUUGCUACGAACAUGUUCGCUCCCGGACCUUGCCACUUGCGUUGGUGAUGAAUCCUCCCAAGCUCCUCCAGAUGUCCGGAUGUCAGUCGCAUCUUCCAUGAAUGACACCAACUUUGAUGAGGACGAGGUGACGAGCCUCCCUGAUGACACAAUCACAGAUGCAGAUGAUGAAGAAAUGGUUGCUACCGACGACGAGGACAUGAGCAACCUCCGAGCAAACAUGGAGAGUUUCCUCCAAGAACCAGAAGAUGAUAAUGAUUCAUCUCCAUCGUUUUCGGCGCAUCAGAGCAUGGCAAUUGUUCUACCCGAUGACGUAUCAGAUGACGUAUCGGAUGACGUAGACAAUAACGUGUCAGAUGACAAUGACGAUAUUGACGAAGUUAACGAUGACGUCAUAAGCGAAAAUGGAGACUGGGAUUCAGCGAGCGAUGUUUCGUCAGAGGAGCCGUCAGAAACUGAAAGCAUUUUCUGUCGGUUGGAACAUUCGAGGGAAGAACUGGAAAGGGAACUUGGGAUGGAAGCUUUUCUAAAGGCAUACAGAUAUAUUCAGGCAAUCCACGAGGACGAAGACGAAUCCGUUUCGGAAUGCGAGGACAGAGUUCGUAGUUUGCUGGGUGCACGUCACGAUGACGUAUAUCAACGUAUACUGCAACUUGUAAUGGCGGACGGAGCAUACUGUGAAGACAACAGCUAACAUGGCAUCAAGCAGACUUCUCAUAUUUGAAAUUUCCAAUUCUUCAACCUACAUUCCGUGAUCCGAUAAUUGACAUUGUGACGUCAUAAAAACCGUUGCCGCUCGUACCCACCAGCAUUGAAAAAUCACGCCCGAUUAAUAUUUAUGGUCGUGAUUUGGCGCAUUCUGCUUCGCGGCCGCUGCUGACGCGGUUUUAACCCUGGAAUAGCUCACCUGGGGAAAGCUUCACAUUAUUUAUGAUGGAUUGGUGUGAACACGAAUGUUAAUAAUUAAUGUUCCAAAUUUACGACUGUGCUUGUUUUGGUGCAAAAAACAGAGUUAAUUCCACGCAUACGAAGCCGAGGUAAUAAGCAAUUACCGGCCCUGCAUCUGCUUUGCUAUAUAUGUUGUUCCGAAAAUGUUUCGUAAUUAGAUCUUUACGUGUUUAGAAGCUGACUGUGUACUUUAUUUGUAUAAUACAAGCCUUAUUAAAAGUGUA